GUUUGAAUGUGUACUAUAGUGAUAGUUUGUACUAAGAUCCAAACAUGAGAAGCAAUUUCUAUUUUAUCGUCUUCGUUCUUGUGGAAGCGCACACACAAAAGUAUUUCUACAAAUGGAACGGCCACUAUUUCGAUAUUAUUUAUUCGGACAGACCAAUUGGAAACUUCCAGGAAGUCAAAUCUCCGAAAACCUUCAAGCAAAAACAUGCCGACAGAGGAGAUCGACCGGGAAGAUGCGUUCUCGGCGAAUUUCGAUGCACCGAACCGUAUCCGAGGGAAGAAACGUCGCAAUUUGAGUGCACCGCCGAUUACCAAUGUCCGAGAGGUUUUAAAUGUUGCGAAACUAAAUGUUUCGUUCACAAAAUUUGCCAACCGAGUGUGGAUUACGAAGAAAUACCUACAGCGGAGCUUCAACGACCAACUACAAAAAUUCCAAGUGCGACAAGUGAAACAAUCGAUGAUAUUAAUGGUAAAACUCCAGAAGAAUCAACAGUUUCAGAAAUGAAAUCUACAACAACAGAAACUACAACGAAAUUGAUGAAUCCCACAGAUUCGGAACAAACUGAGACUGAAUCUGCCGUUGAUAUAAACGAAAUAACAGAAGAGACAAACGAUGAAAUAGUAAUAGCAGAAGAUACAACUGCUUCGAUACUAGAUCAAACUGAUAAAGAAACUACUGUCAGUAAUAACAAUAUAACAGAAGAUUUACUGGAAGAAACAAGCAGUGAAAUACCAUCUACAACAUUCCUAGCAAAAGAAACGAUGAAAUUAUCGGGUUCAACAGAUGGAAAUUCGUUUCCAGUAUAUACAGAUGGAAAAACUAGUGACAGUAUUAUCAAAAUACCAGAAGAUUUAGAAGAAAAAUCAAGAAUUGGAACAGUUUCAACGAUAUCUUCGAAUUCGGUAUCGUUAUCAACGAAAAGGAAAACUGAUAUCGAUGAUAAUGAAAUAACAGAAGAUAUUGAAGAUGAAGAAAACAAUGAAAAAGCAUCUACAAUAUUCCUAGCAACAGAAACGGGGAAAUUAUCGAGUUCAACUGAUGGAAAUUCGUUUCCAGUGCAUAAAGAUGGAAAAACUACUGUCGGUAUUAUCAAAAUACCAGAAAAUUUAGAAGAAAAAUCAAGAAUUGGAACAGUUUCGACGAUAUCUUCGAAUUCGGUAUCGUUUUCAACGAAAAGGAAAACUGAUAUCGAUGAUAAUGAAAUAACAGAAGAUAUUGAAGAUGAAGAAAACAAUGAAAAAGCAUCUACAGUAUUCCUAGCAACAGAAACGAUGAAAUUGACGAGUUCAACAGAUGGAAAUUCGUUUCCAGUAGAUACAGAUGGAAAAACUAGUGACAGUAUUAUCAAAAUAACAGAAGAUUUAGAAGAAAAAUCAAAUAUUGGAACAGUUUCAACGAUAUCUUCGGUUUCGGUAUCGUUAUCAACGAAAAGGAAAACUGAUAUCGAUGAUAAUGAAAUAACAGAAGAUAUUGAAGAUGAAGAAAACAAUGAAAAAGCAUCUACUGUAUUCCUAGCAACAGAAACGAUGAAAUUGACGAGUUCAACAGAUGGAAAUUCGUUUCCAGUAGAUACAGAUGGAAAAACUAGUGACAGUAUUAUCAAAAUAACAGAAGAUUUAGAAGAAAAAUCAAAUAUUGGAACAGUUUCAACGAUAUCUUCGGUUUCGGUAUCGUUAUCAACGAAAAGGAAAACUGAUAUAGAUGAUAGUGGAAUAACAGAAGAUACAGAAGAUGAAGAAAACAUUGAAAAAGCAUCUACUGUAUUCCUAGCAACAGAAACGGGGAAAUUAUCGAGUUCAACUGAUGGAAAUUCGUUUCCAGUGCAUAAAGAUGGAAAAACUACUGUCAGUAUUAUCAAAAUACCAGAAAAUUUAGAAGAAAAAUCAAAAAUUGGAACAGUUUCAACGAUAUCUUCGGUUUCGGUAUCGUUAUCAACGAAAAGGAAAACUGAUAUCGAUGAUAAUGAAAUAACAGAAGAUAUUGAAGAUGAAGAAAACAAUGAAAAAGCAUCUACAGUAUCCCUAGCAACAGAAACGAUGAAAUUGACGAGUUCAACAGAUGGAAAUUCGUUUCUAGUAGAUACAGAUGGAAAAACUACUGUCAGUAUUAUCAAAAUAACAGAAGAUUUAGAAGAAAAAUCAAAUAUUGGAACAGUUUCAACGAUAUCUUCGGUUUCGGUAUCGUUAUCAACGAAAAGAAAAACUGAUAUCGAUGAUAGUGGAAUAACAGAAGAUACAGAAGAUGAAGAAAACAUUGAAAAAGCAUCUACUGUAUUCCUAGCAACAGAAACGAUGAAAUUGACGAGUUCAACAGAUGGAAAUUCGUUUCCAGUAGAUACAGAUGGAAAAACUAGUGACAGUAUUAUCAAAAUAACAGAAGAUUUAGAAGAAAAAUCAAAUAUUGGAACAGUUUCAACGAUAUCUUCGGUUUCGGUAUCGUUAUCAACGAAAAGGAAAACUGAUAUCGAUGAUAAUGAAAUAACAGAAGAUAUUGAAGAUGAAGAAAACAAUGAAAAAGCAUCUACAAUAUUCCUAGCAACAGAAACGGGGAAAUUAUCGAGUUCAACUGAUGGAAAUUCGUUUCCAGUGCAUAAAGAUGGAAAAACUACUGUCAGUAUUAUCAAAAUACCAGAAAAUUUAGAAGAAAAAUCAAAAAUUGGAACAGUUUCAACGAUAUCUUCGAAUUCGGUAUCGUUAUCAACGAAAAGGAAAACUGAUAUCGAUGAUAAUGAAAUAACAGAAGAUAUUGAAGAUGAAGAAAACAAUGAAAAAGCAUCUACAGUAUCCCUAGCAACAGAAACGAUGAAAUUGACGAGUUCAACAGAUGGAAAUUCGUUUCCAGUAGAUACAGAUGGAAAAACUAGUGACAGUAUUAUCAAAAUACCAGAAGAUUUAGAAGAAAAAUCAAGUAUUGGAACAGUUUCAACGAUAUCUUCGAAUUCGGUAUCGUUUUCAACGGAAAAAGAAACAGUUAUCGAUGAUAGUGGAAUAACAGAAGAUACAGAAGAUGAAGAAAACAAUAAAAAAGCAUCUACAAUAUCACUAGCAACAGAAACGGGAAAAUUAACGAGUUCAACAGAUGGAAAUUCGUUUCCAGUAGAUACAGAUGGAAAAACUAGUGACAGUAUUAUCAAAAUAACAGAAGAUUUAGAAGAAAAAUCAAAUAUUGGAACAGUUUCAACGAUAUCUUCGGUUUCGGUAUCGUUAUCAACGAAAAGAAAAACUGAUAUCGAUGAUAGUGGAAUAACAGAAGAUACAGAAGAUGAAGAAAACAUUGAAAAAGCAUCUACUGUAUUCCUAGCAACAGAAACGAUGAAAUUGACGAGUUCAACAGAUGGAAAUUCGUUUCCAGUAGAUACAGAUGGAAAAACUAGUGACAGUAUUAUCAAAAUAACAGAAGAUUUAGAAGAAAAAUCAAAUAUUGGAACAGUUUCAACGAUAUCUUCGGUUUCGGUAUCGUUAUCAACGAAAAGGAAAACUGAUAUCGAUGAUAAUGAAAUAACAGAAGAUAUUGAAGAUGAAGAAAACAAUGAAAAAGCAUCUACAAUAUUCCUAGCAACAGAAACGGGGAAAUUAUCGAGUUCAACUGAUGGAAAUUCGUUUCCAGUGCAUAAAGAUGGAAAAACUACUGUCAGUAUUAUCAAAAUACCAGAAAAUUUAGAAGAAAAAUCAAAAAUUGGAACAGUUUCAACGAUAUCUUCGAAUUCGGUAUCGUUAUCAACGAAAAGGAAAACUGAUAUCGAUGAUAAUGAAAUAACAGAAGAUAUUGAAGAUGAAGAAAACAAUGAAAAAGCAUCUACAGUAUCCCUAGCAACAGAAACGAUGAAAUUGACGAGUUCAACAGAUGGAAAUUCGUUUCCAGUAGAUACAGAUGGAAAAACUAGUGACAGUAUUAUCAAAAUACCAGAAGAUUUAGAAGAAAAAUCAAGUAUUGGAACAGUUUCAACGAUAUCUUCGAAUUCGGUAUCGUUUUCAACGGAAAAAGAAACAGUUAUCGAUGAUAGUGGAAUAACAGAAGAUACAGAAGAUGAAGAAAACAAUAAAAAAGCAUCUACAAUAUCACUAGCAACAGAAACGGGAAAAUUAACGAGUUCAACAGAUGGAAAUUCGUUUCCAGUAGAUACAGAUGGAAAAACUACUGUCAGUAUUAUCAAAAUACCAGAAGAUUUAGAAGAAAAAACAAAUAGUGAUGCAGUAUCUACAAAAACAGAAGCUACACUAAAAAAGACAGAAACUACUGAUAGUUUUAUGGAAAUACCAGAGGAAUUACAUCAAAGAACAAGCUUCAAAUUAUCAAAAUCAACAACAACUACUCCCACUGUCGCAAAAACAUCAGAAGAAGUACAAGAAGAAACCAGCACUGAAUUAGUAUCUACAGAAUCCCCCAAAAUAACAGCUACGUUAAACGUAACCACUACGAGUGUUACGAAAAUACCAGAAGGAUUAGAAAAAACGACAAGCAGUGAAUCUGUUGAAACUACUAUAAGAGAAGAUAAACAAGAAGAAAUAAGUAGCGGAUGGUCAAAAUCUACGUCUGAAGCUAUACCAAAAUUAUCGUAUUCAACAGAAUCGAAUACAAGAAAGGAAAUAACAGAAAUAACUAUAAAUAUCAAAGAUACGAUUAUAGAAACUAAAGAAACAGACGCAACAAUUAUUAAUAUCGAAACAACAAAAGAAAAAUUGAAAGAGGAGUCAGAAGUAACAAGUACGAGUACGAUAGAAAUAUCAACUGAAGGAUUUAGCGAUAACGAUGAUAAAGAAAAAACGGAGGAGCUGGAAAAGCUACCGAGUAGCGUUCCGGAAACUGAAUAUACCGAAUUAGUCGAAGAAGUAGAUACAGACGAAAGUACUACCGAUAAAAAUACAGAUACCACAGACGCGACUGACACAAAAUUUAGAAAAGGAUUAGAAAUAUUGGAUAUAAUCAAAAAAAUAAUCCACAAUCUGCGAAGAAUGACGCUUGGAACAACGAAAAAGAUAAAAGACGUUUCGGAAGGAAUUAACGACGAUGUAGAAGAUACAAAAACGACAAGAGACGAAGCUACAGAUGUUAAUGAAGUUACUACUCCGAAGGAAAUUUCAAUUACAAAGAUCAUAGAUAAAGAAGGUAGCGGUGGAGGAACUAUAACAGAUGACGAAGAUAACGGCGACGACGAUGACGAUUAUGGAUAUUACAGUGGAAAUGGUGACAACGAUAAAGGGGAUAAUGCACCCAAUAGACCAGAACUACCAUCAGAAGACGAUAAACGCGUUAUCAAACUUCCCAUAAAAGCCGAAGAUGAAGACGAUAAAAACGACGAAGACAAUUAUAAUUAUGGCGAUGAAGAUGAUUACGGAGAAAACGACGAUUACGAUGAUGAUUAUAACGAUGAUAAUUACGAUGAUUACGAAUCGAAAGAAAAUGACGAAAUCGAUAAUGAUAACGAAAAAAUCUGAGAAAUAAAUUACGUUUUGUGUAUGUAAUUAGAUGUUAAUUUCAUUUUUUUUUUUUAAAUAUACUUGUGGAAUUCGUUUUUUGUUGUAAUUUUGUAUUUAUCCGGGUUAAAAUUUAUGGUAAUUCUUUUCAGAAUGUUUCUUUAUAGCGAACGGAUCCUUGGAUUGUACAACGAUCUAAAAAGUAUAGG